AUGCCCCGCACCUGGUUCAUCACCGGCUGUUCCUCCAGCCUCGGACGCCAAUUGGCCAUUACGGCCGCUGAGAACAAAGAUGUUGUCAUUGCCACCUCGCGCGACACCUCAAAGCUAUCCGAUCUGGUUUCGAUGGGUGUUAUUGCGAAGAAGCUUAAUGUGCAAGCCAGCGAUGCCGAAGUCAAAGCCGUUAUUGACGACGUUAUAUCUACCGUUGGACCGAUUGACAUCCUCGUCAACAAUGCAGGGUGGAUUUGGGAAGGAGGUGUAGAAGAGUGCAGCCACCAAGAAAGCAUCGAUCAAUUCGACGUGAACUUCUUCUCACAGAUACGCAUCCUUAGAGCAGCUCUCCCUUCAAUGCGUGCCCGCAAAUCCGGCGUCGUCGUUAACUUUGGAUCGAUCAGUGGCUGGCAAGGCUCCCCGGCAGCGGGCAUGUAUUGUGCUACCGAGGCCGCCAUCGUGAUCUACACGGAAACCCUCCGCAAUGAACUAGCUCCUUUCCAUAUUGACGUCACCUAUGUGGAGCCGGGUUACUUCCGUACCAACUUCCUCACUAGAGGCCACAAGGUCACUGCCAAGAACUGCAUUCCCGAGUUAGACGUUGGAACCCAGGCCACCCGUGAUGCCAUCGCUGCUAAUAGUCUCCACCAACCCAGGGACCCCGCGACGGGCGCUCAAGUUCUCUUCGAGGCUUUCACCAAGACUGGUCGCUGCGAGGGACGUAGUCUCCCGGGAAGAUUGGCACUAGGGCGGAAUUCCUUGGCUGUUGUCAAGGGGAUAAUUGCCCAUGAACAGGAUAUUCUUGAUAGUUGGGAGGAGAUCGUUGCUGCCACGCCUUUUGAUGAUGUAAAAGCCUAG